UCGUCGUUCGAAUAAAAUGACACGCAAUAGCGAGGAACCAAUAAAAAACGACGCGCAAAUACAUGAGUUUUAUAAAUCAAGUGCAUAACUUACAAAUGAUUUUGUGUAAUCUGACCCUUUCAUUUAAAAAAAAAUAUGUUUUUGAAACUGUUAUGUAUAGCGCGUAAAAAUGAUUGUUUUGAUGUUGCAUGAAGGCAUGACCACGGCGUGACUUCCAUGCCCUGCGUUCCUACGGAAGGGCGUGCGGAAUGCGGAUUACGUUUACUAUGAAUGAUUUUAUCUCUUUCUAAACUCGUGUAUCUGUGAAUGACCGAGUGUAAUAGCGAGCGUACCAAAUUAUGGAUUGAAAAGCGUUUGUUGUUGUAUUUUGAUAUUAGAACCGCAUUGCUGUGGGGUUAUUGCCGUUAUCACGUCCAAAAAUCGUAUCAGUUUAAUAUAGGCGGUCAUAUGGCGCCUGCAGGACUAUUCCCAAUGCGGAUUAGUUACGCCGUUCGAUUUGUCGAGCGCCUUACUAUUUACGCACUAUUGAAAAGAGAUAGUACGUAUUUUUAGUCGCGUCGACGGUGUGACGAGUGACGAGUGACUUUCAUCACAGUACGUAAACAACUUCAAGGUUAUCCGUUGUGUUUGUGCCAGUGCUGAUGCGGAGACGCUGACAUGGCUGCAAUGGUGGAGGGCGCCGUCGUGCGUCAAGGCCACCUUCGGAAGUUAAAGACGAUGAAGAAGAAGUAUUUCGUGCUUCGCGCGGAAACCUCGGAGUGUUCGGCGAGGCUCGAAUACUACGAAUCGGAGAAGAAAUUUCGGUCUGGAGCUGCUCCUCGCCGCGUCCUGCUGCUGAAGAGCUGCUACAAUAUAACGCGGAGAUUGGACUUGAAACAGAAACAUGUGAUAGCUUUGUUUACUAAAGAAGAACAAUUGUGUAUAGUGGCUGAGAAUGAGCAGGAUCUGCACGCCUGGCUCACUGCUAUUCUUAAACAGUUCAGAACAGAUGAUGCCAGCGAUGAGCUCUUGCAUCCCAUACAACAUGUAUGGCAAGUGAACGUCCAGAAGAAAGGUCUGGGUGCGUCAAAAAACAUCCAGGGACUGUACAAUCUGUGUUUAACGGACAAGACCCUGGCCUUGGUCAAGAUUAAGAGUCUGAACAACGUGAUCAGUGACCUGGGGAUCCCGGAGAGGGUCGAGUACUCCUUGAAGAACAUCAGACGGUGCGGCGAUUCCGAGUGUUUCUUCUACAUGGAGGUGGGCCGGCAGACGGCCACCGGCGCCGGCGAGCUGUGGAUGCACUCCGACGACUCCAACAUAGCACAGAGCAUGCACUCCACGAUAUAUCACGCCAUGAGGAACUGUGCCAAGGAGACGGAGAACGAAAAGGAUCACAUCGUGAUAUCCAACAAGAACCUGAUGGAGGGCUCGCACCCGCUGCCCGCCCGGAGGCAGACCUACUCCGACGGCCGAGGGCGGGCGGGCUUCUAUAACGACAAGGGCCUGUGUGUCGGGUCGUGUAUACGGCAGUGUGUGUGUGCGGCCAACACUAUAGACGACUCGGCAGCGGCCGUGGCUCCUCUCACACCACUCACACACGCGGACACGGGCCAGUCCACCCACCACCGUACUGGGUCCUUGCCCUCGUGCCCGGUGCCGCCGUUCGAGGCGGGUGCCGAGGGCGGGUCGGAGCGACCCAGGGUGCACCAUGGGCGGACGCACUCCGCGCCCCUCACCGGCGAGGAGCUGGACAAGGCGCUGUACUCCAGGACUAACGGUACGGACGGGCGGCGGGCGCCCUGGCUGCGCCGCGCCAGCACGGGCACCAGGCUGGCCAAACUGUCCCCGGCUCACACCACCAACUCCAGCUCGCUCCGUAAACGAUGCGACACGAUGCCGACCCGAGCCAGCAGCGGACUCGACCUGGAGCGAGGAGGAACCCUCAGGGACGAACGGGACCCGCUACACUCCAGUUUAGAAUCAUCACGAGACGACAUCGACUCGAUAUCGGAGUGGUAUCGGACGCCGCGGAUACCGGAGGAACCCGACUGCUGCGAUGUCAUGUCCAAAGACUUCAUGAGCAUGACGACCCGCGGCAGUUCCAUCGCUCACUCGCGGACCUCGUCGACAUGCGUGGAGGAGGCGGAGGUGGGGUCGGGGUCGCCCGCGCUACCUGAGGGGUACAUGCCCAUGGGACCCAUCCACGACCCUCUCCCACUGGUCUCCUCAUCCGGCUCCGUCUGUAGCGGGACGCCCUCCACGGACCCUAGGUUCAGCGAGUAUCAACUGGAGCCAGCCACGGCUCACAUCGCGGAGGAGCGGUCGACGCGCGCCUACAGCGUAGGCUCCCGGCCCGCGGCCAGAGCCGAGCCCGCCAGACUGCGCGCGUACAGUGCGGGCGCUAGACGCAAGCCCCUGCCGCCCGCCACGCGCCCGCAGCACGUCCCCCACACACACACACACUCGUACCCCCGGGCCUCCGCGGACGACCUCAUGGAGCUCGACUUCUCCUCCAACUCGCCCGCGCCGAAGGUUAUAGUCGCUCGCACGCCGCCGGCGACCGGGUUCAUGGAGUCCAGUCGUCGCAACGUGGACGAGUACGUGGACAUGUCGCCGCGAAACGCCGGGUACGUGGAGAUGAGGCCCGGGGAGCCGCCGGCCGCCUCCACCCCCGGGCCCGCCGCCCCCGCCACGCCCGACGGGUACGUGGAGAUGACGUACGGCCGCGCGCCUACCAGGCCCAUCGCCAUAGGAGCUCCUCGACAGCCGCCGCCCGCGGUCGGCUGCGGCUCGGGCUCCGGGCCGGGGUCGCCGGACGAGCGCCGCCGCCGCCGCGAGCCACGCACCCCGCUCGGCUCCCAGACCCUGUUCCACAUGUCGAUGGAGUCGCCGUCCUCCCCGGGCGAGGCGGACGACGACGACGACGACCACCACCACCUCAGCACGGUCCGCGAGCUGGUGGAGCCGCGCGCCGCCAGCCCGGAGCCCUCCUCGCCGCAGUACGUGACGCUGGCCGCGAACCCCCGCCCGGACGAGCUGCGCAAGCUGGGCGGGGCGCUCCACUACGCGUCUCUGGACCUGGAGCCGCGCCGCACGCCGGCCGCGCCCGCACCGCGGCUCUACACACAGAUAGACUUCAUGAGGAGCGAGAAGUACGCGGCGGACGCCACGUAGCACCCACCGCUCGGGACCUGACACACGUGUCAGCGUGCGUCCGUCGUCGUCCUCGCCAGUAACGGAUCACCACAAGCUAUAAACUAAUGUUAUCGUUAUUCGUCUCACGUCGUGUCUCUCGUCUCUCGAACUACCGAUAUUCUCCACGUUCCCUUUCAAUCAUAGAACGGGCUCGUUCGAGAGGCGACGCUUUACUUAAAUAACUGCCAUUAAUGUAGGAUGUGGAGUGACGAGUGCCGCGCGGCGAGUGGCGUGUCGGGGAACUGCGACCAUCCGUGGGCCGUGUGCGACCCGCAGAUAUUACGAAUAUUAUAGGAAAUUAUGGGACGGCGCGGGAUAGUCGACAGUCACCCGCGCGACGCUCGCGGCAGCGGCGGACACGAGGACAGAUAGAGUUCACAGAAUCUUCGAUGUCGCUUGCUUCCGGUUUGAAACGUGUUUGAGAUGAAGGAGCUGUUCUUGAAUGUACAAAUAUAUAGAGAGGGAUCGUUCCUACCCGCUACUGACCGGCGUUCAUACUAACCUGCACGGCGCCGUCUCCGGGGUCUGUGUGUCGGUGACGGGCUCGCACAGCCGCCGGUGCGAGUCGGCUAGCUUGUAAGGUUACACAUCAUUUUGUAGUAAAAUCCUAUUAUGAAAAUAGAGUCGCUGUCCGGCCGAUCUCCGAGUAUAGUCCUCCGAUACAGGCUGCACAGGAUGCGACGCAGAGACGACCGGAGAGAAUAGAGCUAAUAGGAGACAUCAAAUGUUCGACCGCCGAGGAUGUUAGAUGUAAAGUACAGACCCGGCGGCCUUAGUCGGUAACGCAACGGUUGUGAGAGAGGCCUAUAGUAGUGAUGCAGUCCCCCCUUCCCCACCCCCACAAAGUAUACUACCUAUUGUGUUCCUAGGUUACUCGCCCUGUUCAAAGUACUGUGCAAUUUUUACCGGUUUUUUGUUUUUUGUAAAUGUACUUAUAUCUACACUGUUAUAGUUGGUUGUUGGAACUCGUUGGACCCAUUCUGUUAAUUGUUACAAGAAAAGUUACAUCGACAGGUCGACAGGACUCAACACCGACAGUUUUAUAUAUUAGUAUGAGUAAACACCUAGACACGGUCGGUGUUCCCGUCAGCCAUACAAAAUGACUUGACGUCGAAUGUUACGACAGAACAAACCGUACCGAGUGUUGGAAUCAGUCGACCUACGUACCAAAUGUCGACCUGAGCUUGCCCUUUAUCGUCCCUAAAAGUUUUAUCGAUAGUAUAAUUUCUUAAUCGUCGCCUCACUAAUGUCGACAUGCUACUUCCCCCGGUUCCGCCUGUCUGUCAGUGUACCUAGCGUCUCCUUGCCCGCUGUCUCGGCCCUCAUGUGCCUUAACAAAACAUAGUCACAAAUAUAUUAGUGAGUCAGUCGCCGCCGGCGGCCGGAGCUCGUUCGUUCCCGCCCUGUCGGUGUCCGUGGUAACGUUAUGUUGUAGGUUACUCUGUAUAUAGUUGACGUGAGAUUUCAUUAUUAAAUUUAUCUGAUCAAAGCGUUUCAAGUUCUUAUUAGUUUUUGUAUCAUUCGAUGUUUUUAUUUUUUAUUUGUUAUGAAUGUGACGUGUUCAGCGAGAGACAGGUUUUCUUUUGAUAUUUGUUGGCUGAUUUUUUUUUGUUGAGGAUCUAAUCUAAUUAGAUGUGUCGGGUGUGACCCGGGUGUCCCGGGUGAGUCGGGUGUCCCGGGUGAGCCGGGUUCGAAUGUAAUUUGAACAGUAUGAAAUAAUAUGACUCAGAUAGCGCUGCAUAAAGAACAGGCUCAGGCGCGUCAAUUAUGUGUUCAUAUCAUUAAAAAGGAAUAUGGUUUAAUUUAAUGUGUCUGUUUACGCUACACGCUACUGUAACCUGCAGCUUGUUGGAAAUUUUUAACACAAUGGUGUAUAUUAUCGUUUUUUCUGUUAAAUGUUUCUUAAUUGAAAUAGUGAUAAGUUUCUUUUCGGCAUGCACAUGGACUUAUGGUUUACGAUGUUCCACGUGUUGUAACAUUAGUCGACGUUAACUAUUUAUUAUGUUAGAACGUUUCUAUUCCCCCUUAUAAUAUAUGUAUAUAUUGGAAUUGGUGUCUGCUAAAGUAACGCAUACAUAUCGACUACAUACACAUGCUGGAAUAUAUAUGUUACAUUCCUGUUUAUUCGAUUAAUUAAAAAAUUAUAUAAAUGUCAUAUACUUUGGAGAACGGACGAGCUACUCGCGCUUACAAAGCAAGCUAUUAUUUUGAUACAAUUAUAUGCGUUAUAUGUAUGCGGUAUUUUAUGUUAUAUAUAUGUAUGUAUAUUAAAGGAAAAAAAAAUAAAAGAAAAAAAUGUUAUUUAUGUGUAAUGCGGUCAGUUACCGUAUACGUAACAGUGCUGUAUCCCGCCGGUAAUACUCUCGUUGGUAUCAAGUGCUAUUCUUGUCUGACGUGAGCUGUCAAAUGUCAAGUGACAGCUGUCAGGCGUCAGACUGCUGCACAUGGGUUACAUUCCGACGAGCGAUCCGACUAGUCCAGUGUGUUCAAACAUGACCAGUAUCGGUUGUAUAGUUGUAGUACAGAGACGCUUCAGACGACCUCUACACACACGAGAUCACAUUGAAAUAUGUUAAAGUAAUGGGACCUGUAUAAUAAUGCCUGACUGAGUUAACACCAAAUUUUUAUAUUAAAAGUAAUUUAUUACCCUCGUGGGGAAACUAUUUUGUGUAUUUAAAUGAUUAUUAACAUUGGACGGUAGAAUUGUUUCCCUGUUUGUAGAUAAUGAAAUAAAAUGUAGUUAAGCUUUAAAGUAACGUUCCAGGUGACACGGGCUGUCCUCCUCGAUGACACGUGUCUUAAAAUAAAUUAUGGAACUCAUUUCUGAACUGACCGUAUGUGAUUAACGUAGUACAAUUAGGCACGGCCAUUCCUGUUGCAACAUUAUAUAUAAUAUAGACGAAUAUGAUGUCAGUUCGAGCCCUUGUUGUGUUAGUAUGACAGAAGGUGCCUGUCUCAAUGUCAUAAAAAUCCAAUGGCAUAAGUUAUAUAUGACAGUGACUUCAAUCGAGAGCGCUCCUCCCAGCAGAAUGUCGUGUAAGCCGUCGUACAGAGCUAGUGUGCCACCUCGCAAUUAUGUACUAACAUUUUUAGUGUAAAUUAUUAUAUAAUAUUAUACAAUUAUUUUAUUCCACUUAGCUUGUAAGACUUGAUCAGUCUAGAGUCGAGAAGUUAGAUGUAAGAGUGGACGGCGAAUGUGGCGGUAACUGUUCAGAGUGAGACGUUUGGGAAGCUCCUUCUAUAAUACGCCGUUUUUCAUGGACGGUUGUAACACACACAACAUGCAAACAAGACAGCACAAAACAAUCAAAACGUAAGUCACUAAACAGAUGACGGUCAGUGACUUAAGGCGUGUUAUAGAAAGAGUUCCCUCGGCGGUUUCACGUCGGUGAGAAUCGUAUGUUUCAACAUCGAAAGCUAGUGUGAAUGCGGCCUUAUUUAAACUUAUAUAUAAUAUGUAAUUCGCAACUCCGUGUAACAGACGUCAUGACAAAGUGGAGUAGUACGUUGUCUAUACUAGUCCCAUUGCAAGUUAAAUAGAUUUUGCAUAAAUAUGUUCCUGUAACGGCGUAAAUAGCGGUUUUUAUAAUGUUUAUAGUAAGUUAUCGAGAUACCUCUCACCUGUUGAACGCGGCGAAGGACGUAUAUUUUUUUACUAAUGGUGCUAGUGUUUGGUUGAGUCACUCGCCGCCGCGGUCGUCAGCCUCACAGUCGCCCGGCCCCGCUCCCGGUAUUAUGUUACUCGAUUAAUAAAACAAUUUUUGGUACGUUACAUUUUGUUUACUUUCAUAUUACUAUUAUAUUGUAAAUAAAAUAAAAGCUUUGGAUUUGA